CUGUUUUUAUUUUCACCUAGGUUGGAUCAAAUGUUUUCAGACGCUUUUAGUAGAGAUCAUCAAUUAAUUCGAGCAGAUCCAAAGCAUAGCCUCUACCUUGCUUGUGCACUUCUUGUUCGAGGAAAUGUGCAGGUCUCGGACCUUCGCAGAAACAUUGAAAGGUUGAAGCCUUCUCUGCACUUUGUAUCAUGGAAUCAGGAAGGCUGGAAAACUAGUUUGUGUUCUGUACCUCCUGUGGGCCAUUCCCAUUCCCUUCUAGCUUUAGCAAACAACACCUGUGUGAAACCAACUUUUAUGGAACUCAAAGACAGAUUCAUGAAGCUCUACAAGAAAAAGGCUCAUCUUCACCACUAUCUGCAAGUAGAUGGGAUGGAGCAAGGCUGUUUUUCUGAAGCCAUAUCGUCCUUGUCUGACCUAAUAGAAGAGUAUAACGAACUGGAUGCCACAAAAGGUGGGCUUAGAACAGCCCCAUCAAGACUGAAGAUAGCUGUGUAAAGAAGAACUUUGAUUUUAAAAAAAAUAAAAUCCCCAAGCAUCCAACUACUUCAGUUAACCCAAAUGAAUUGCCAAGUGCCUACCUAUUGUUAUUCUAAAGUGAGGCUGAGAUAACUGCUUCCUCAGCUCUCUGAGAAGUGUCACAUAAAGUGACAGGCCCAGCCUGUAGGAAAGAUUUGAAGGCAUCUAAUUAUGGCAAAUAUCAGUAACGUUCUUCCAAACUGUAGAGUAAAUUGACAUACCAUAUGCUGCAAAGAGAAGAAAGAGAAGUAGUAGCAGCCAGAAGGUAGUGCUUUUCCCAGACUUUGAGCUUACAGUGAACUGAAAGCAAGCCUUGGUUCGAAGAAGGAUCGCUAUUGCUAGCUUUUUUCUUUAGUUGUCUUAAAAAGCAACGAAGAAGAGAAGAAAAACUGCAUACUCUUCAAAGAUGAAAGCAAUCCUCUAAUGGAACUUGUUUCUGAAACUUUGCAGACAAGCAGUCAUUUUGGAAUGCUCUAAGCUAUGUUCAUAAUUCAAAAUCUUUUCUCUUCGUUGUUGUACCUGGCUGUAUUAGAGUAUUCUGAGCUGAUACUAGAGUUGAUGGUUUCAGGGAAUUUACCAAAAUGCAUUUUCUUUGACGUUUUAUAUUUGGAGCAUUAAUUAACAUGUUAUUUUAAUGAUUCGUGUUUAUAAAUGGUGAAUUGCACUUGAUAGUGAGAUGAUAGCAUACCUCUGAGUGAAAAACGCACUUAUACUAAAGACUGUUAGGUGAACAAAGUUUAUAUGUUUAAAGAAUGCAAGUAAAAUAGAUGUUUUAAUAUUUAUAAUUACCAAGGUAGGUAGACUUUUAUAUUACAUUAAAAACUUAUAAGAAUGUACUAUUUCCUGUUUACUUUCCAACCUUGACUAUUUUAGAACACAAGGACUUGUGUAUUGUUACAAAUCAGAGUGGGCCAAUGCAAUGAUCUAAACCUUGAAAUCCUUCUAGCAGAGUUUGACUGGGUGUAUGAGUAGGUACAGUUUGUGUAUGUGUCCAGAAAUAGUCAAUAAAACCUUGUGAUAACAGUU